AUGCCUGAGACCUACCGCCGCUACGAGGAGCGUGACACCUACUACGACGAUGAGCCUCCAAGGCGGAGACCACCUCCUCCCCGCGAGGAAGAGGUCUACUAUGAGCGCAGAGAGGAAAGAAGGUCACGCACACCCCCUCCUCCCAUGGCACGGCGCAGCGAUGUUCAGGUCGCCGUACGGGAAGAGGUAGAGCGCGAGUCCAGGGUGCCCCAUUUCAUGCGUGAAGAAUCCCGUCGCCCACCUGAGGCAGGCCCCUUGGUCCUGCGCCAGCGCGAUGUCGAGACAGUCGAGCGAGCUCGGCCCCGGCCAAGAUCGCCUUCUCCCGUUGUGAGGGAGCGCAUUAUCACCAAGACAAGGGCAAGGAGCGUGAGCCCCGGACCGCCUCCACCACCGCCACCACCAGAGAUUCGUGAAAGGGAGGAGAUCCGCACGCGGAUCGUCGAUCACUCCCGAGAGCGCGUACGGAGCCCCAGCCGAGGGCCGGCCAUGGACAGAGUGCGUCUCGGCACACGUAUUAUCGAGCGACCUGACCGUUCGCCCAGCCCACCCCCCGUCAUGGAGCGCACGCGCACGCGAGUUAUCGAGAGGGAGAGGUCGCCUUCUCCUCGGCCGCUGCCGCCACCUGAGCUUGAGCGGAGCAGGCUCAGGAUCAUUGAGCGGGAACGUGAACGGGCUCCUACGCCCAGUCCAAGUCCCUCGCCUCCUCCACCUGAGCCGCAGGUCAUCAGAGGUCCUACGAUUGAGAGAGAGGUUAUUACACACUACAGAGAUAUCGAUCAUGGCUUGGUUGUGGCACGACCACCUUCUCCUCCUCCACCACCCCGUCGUGUCGAAAAGCGAGAAACAGAUAUCGACAUCUACACCAGUCGGAAUGAGACCGAGAUCGACAUUACCAAGACACGGUCUCAGUCACGCUCGCGUGCCCGUUCAGUGUCCCGAGAGCGGCCUAGGGUCUCGUACGACCCGCCUCCACCCCGCGACCACUCAUACUAUCAUGAAGAUGAUAUCAUGAUCUCCAGUGGACGCGACAAACUGAAGGUCGACAUUGAACAUGAACGCCGAAGCUCAUCGGCUCGGCCGCGCUCACACUCCGCGGCACCAGGCUACGAUGAUGAGGCGGACCUGAUCAGGGGCAGAAUCGAUUCCCGCGGUCGCAUGGGUGAAGCCUGGGGAGGAGCCACUAAGGACUGGGUGGUUGUCGAUGUCCCACCUGGCACCGAGAGAGUACGCAUGGAUGGCGUCGGUGGUGGCGCUGCCGAGGUGACCUGGCAGCGGUACAAUGGUGCUCGCCGUGCAAAGUUCAUCCCUGAGCGUGCCAGUGAAAGUGCCCUGGUGCCAUUGUCACCGCCGGCUUCAUCGUCCACGACGGUCAUCUCUGACCGCGAUACAUACGCUCCUCCCCGCGGUGACAGAGAGCGUGAUCGUUUGAGCGUUCAGAUCUAUGACAAGGAGCGCGAACGAGAUGUCGAGGUUGAGAAGGUGACUGAUAGACGUAUCAGCCUGAGACCUACACCUCCGCCGCCUGCACCAAUGCCCAAGACUCGAGACAUGUGGACCGAGGUCACGAAGGAUCUUGUUGUCAGAGAGGCCAUCGAAGAGAUCGGUUACGACUAUGAGGAGACCGAGCAAUUCUUUUACGUGAUGCAAUAUUUGAAAUAUGAGGACGUCCUUGAACUGGUCGAGAUAUCGGACCGCAUCCGAGCACGGAGAAAGGACCGUAUCCGAGAGAUCCAGUUUGAGCGCGAAGUUCGCGACGACUGGGAGCGCGAUCGCCGUCAUCACCGUCACCGACCCAGGUGGGAAGACGAGCGAGAGAGGGUUGUUGAGCGAGAAGUCGUGCGAACAUAUCUAUUUUAUCGGCAGAACACUCUUCUUCCCAUUAUUCGCUUGGCCAAGAGCAUAGAAGAUGAGGAUUCCGCCGACUCGAUAUCUCAACGCUUGCGCCAAUGGCAGACCCGGAAGCUAGAUGAGUACAGAUUUGUGCAGCUCUCGGUAAAACACCCUCCUCCCAGUACUGCCUUAUCAAAGUCAAAGUCUCCCCCUUCUAACAAUGCAGCCCAGGGGAGUCUACUCGCCGCCGCGGUCAUAGGCUCUUUCUCAUGGCCGAUCCCAGACACAAUCCAUUGGUUGGGUCCGGCAUCGUGGUAUGCAUCGCUCAUCAUGUCCUUCUGCGCCGUCCUCCUGUCGUCGUCCGAGCACUUCCUUUACGCCGCAACUAGAGAUCACGCGAAGCAUCCAGACCUCAGGAGGAGGCUGAAUAUGGUCUUGAAGAUCAGCGGGGGAGGGCCGGGGGACCUGCUGCUGCCGACGACGCCUCCGCCCAGUCCGGCCCAACCACAACCGGUGGCGCAGAGCGCCAGCAAUGCCCAGACGCCAUCGGCGGCGAGGCUGCAGACGAACAAACCGCCGGUCCGAGCCCGAGUGCGGUGGAAUAUGGUGUUCACGUGGCAGGCACCUAUGAUGCUCUUGUCAUACUCGCUGAUUGCUUUCGUUGUGGGCUUGACGAUAUGUGUGCUCACGCCGCUUUAUGAUGGCCGGGACUAUGAUGACGCCUGCAAGGCCGAAGGCCACAUGCAGGAUUGUCCAUACCUGGCCACCUGGGCAAAGCCAUGA